AUGGCCAAUGAAGGAGGUCGGAUCCUUUUCAUUCGUGGUCGCGCCUACAAAAGAGUCAAGGUUUCGCUUGAAAUCACUGCUGCCAACAAGAAGCAAAAAACAGAAGUAAUAAAGAUUGAUGGAGUCGGUGUCCUGCCGAAGUGGACCCAAAAUUUGAUGCUUGACUUCGACCCGCAAGCCGUGGUUUUAUGGGAGCUUUGCGGUCGUCGUCGGUGGUGGCUGAGCCCACAUUUCAAGGUCCUUGGAAGCGUCGAGAAAAAACUGGGAGAAUUGUUUGGAGGGACUAGUACGGGUGCUGAUAUACAUCUAUACAACGGAUCUUCCGAGGUUGCAGUCCUCAAAAUAUCUUGCAAGUUGGACAAAGGCUCCAAGCUUCUGGAUAGCAAUGACACUCUGGACACGGUGCUCGAGGCUGUGAAGCAGAUGAUCGAUGUUCUCGCGAAUGUAGGUGAUAUUUUACAAGCCAAUCCAUAUUGCUUAACAAGCCUCUUCCCAAGGUGCACCCUGCGGCUACCAAUCGCUUGGGGAUUUCUCUCUAUUGGAUUCAAGAUGAAGGUCUUAAAGAAGCAGCACGACACGAAUCAAGCUAUACGUGAUCUUUACACAGACAUGAUAUCAGCAUAUGAUGCAUUCAGCAAGGAUGAUAUCUUAGAGCAGUGUGUUCGAUUACAGGGAAUUUAUAAUUCCUUGUUCAAGCAGACCAUCGAGUGCGCCAUUUUCAUUGAAGGCUAUACAAAAGAGAGCGGGAUAAAGCAUCUCUUCGAGAUGGAUAUAUCGGGCCAAGCCGAAAAAUUUCGUCAGGCUUUCGUCGACCUGAAGAGCCACUUGAGCAUGGGAUAUGCAAAGGAGGCAGUCAUUGUUACUCUCGGUGUCCAGAAAAGUGUAGAUGUUCUGGUCAUGAGAGAACGGCUACGAGAUCUCCAUCCGCCUCAAGAGCUAGGCCCCAAAUCGUGA